AUGACACUCAAUAUUACCAUUGGUCCCAGUCCACCCGGUUCAGACAAUUCCUCCUUAUCCGACGAGGAAGAUUCUUCAGGGGUGCAGGUAUCUCCAGUGUCCGACUCUGAGAGUCAUGGAUACCAUGACCAUUAUGAAGAAUGGGCGCAUCUUACUUAUCCCGACGAAAUAAAACCGUCUGAUUCAGCAUCUCGACCCCGAAUAUCACGUCGUACUCGCACUCACAGUACGAUAAAUGGCCCGACUUCAACCACAGGCCGCCGCCACUCGGCCAGACGACAUUUGGUCCAGGAACGGGACACAUUUUCCCGCCGUUCUCAUCGUCACCCUUCUCCAGAGUCGCCAGAAAGCGCUGAUUCAGCCGAAGAAUACGGAAGUCCUUAUGGUCACGCAUCCCAAGAAAGAAGAUAUUGGUCAUCUGUGCCCCAAGCUCAAGGUUAUGCCCGCAGCUCAUCCCCUGGGCCGUCGUACGUUUAUCCGGGUGGGGCUAGUAUACCUCAUGGGCAUUUCAUCCACCCAGCCGGUCUUCCCCCUCCGUCCGACCAGCUAGUGAGACUCGGCCAUAACGGUCAGGUCAGCCAGCAGACAACGUACACUCACCCGGUUUACGGAUAUGGCCCUCAGUUACCGCAUCCCCAUGGUCAACCAAUGCCACCAUUCUUCGUUCAUGAGCACCAUCCCGGGCAUCAUCCGCAUCAAGUCCCGUCAGCUCCUCAUGGCCGCGGAGAUGGUCACAACCCACCACAGCACGCGAUGUCUCAUCAUAUUACGCCGCAUGGCCCACUUCCUUACGGCGGCCCUGCAAUGAGCCCCCACGAGCUGGUUCCUUAUGGAUCAGGAAGCUAUUAUCCUUUCAGAGAGCCCUAUCCCAUGGUUCCCGGGAUGAUUACACCAUAUUUUAACCCAUACCCGCGUGUGCCUUCUCCAAGCCAAGUUGAGUCCAGUGAAUCGCCUGCUCCUGCUCCUGCUCCUGCUCCUGCUCCUGCUCCUGCUCCUGCGCCUGCGCCUGCUCCUGCGCCGAUUGAUACAGCAAAGGAUGAAGCUAUUGCAAGAUUGGAAAGAUUGAUAAUGGAAGAACGGACCGAACGCGAGGCCCGCGAGGCCCGCGAAGCUGCCCGACAAGCUGCAAUCGAUCAAGAGGCGGCCGAACAAGCCGCCAGGGAAGAACAGCAAAAGGCUGCCGAAGAAGCUGCAAAAGCGAAGCAAGAGGCUGAGGAAGCAGCAGCAGCGGCGGCGGCUGAGGCAGCGGCAGCAGCCACUGAAGCAGCAAAUGCAGCAGCGGCAGAGGCCGUCGCCGCUGCGACAGCAGCAGCCGCCGCCGCGGCUGCAAGCCCCCCUCCACCGGAGAAGAAAAAGCCCAUUAAGUUCAAAGAUGCUGUCGGCAGAAAAUUCAGUUUCCCAUUCGAUUUAUGCUGCACAUGGCAGGGAAUGGAAGAACUUAUACGUCAAGCCUUUCUUCAUAUCGAGGUAAUCGGGCCCCACGUUGCCGAGGGACACUAUGACUUAGUAGGUCCCAACGGCGAUAUCAUUCUUCCUCAGGUUUGGGAAACUGUCAUUGAGCCUGACUGGACAAUAACAAUGCACAUGUGGCCUAUACCCGAAAAGCCAAAGACCCCGGAACCUGUCCCUCCCCCGGAUCCUCCUGUUCCACAAGAACCACCGCCGCCUGAGAAUCCAGCAGCACCAGUUGACGAAGCUAUCGUUAUAAUUGAAGAGCCCAAGAAAAAGGCCGAAUCAACUAGUGCUAAGAGGCCACGCUCUAAGGCUCCCGACCCUGGUGCAUUCGCCAUGUGGAUGGUUGGGGGUAAUCGCUUGAAGCUUAACCGGGCUUUAAAAACGGAAAAAAAGCCUAAAGCAGUCUAUCACGGAAUUUCUUGCCGUGUAAUGUGA